AUGCUAGUGUUUGAGAAGCUAAAUCUUGUCAAGUUUGUAACAACUCAGACUAGCUAUCCACCUAUUGCCAUCAAGGAAUUUUAUGCAAACCUUCUGAAGACUAUCAAGGAGGUCGACUCACAUGUCUACGGACAUGUUUGGCUGAGAGGAAAGGAAUACAAUUUUGACACACUUACCAUCAAUCUGUAUCUGGGCAUAGAUGCAAGUGACAUUAAAGACCCUGUUAUUGGUGCAAAUACCAUCACAAAAGUCAUUACAGGAGGAACCUACAGCUACUGGCCUGCUGAAACCAACAUGUUACCCGCAAAAUCUCUCACAACAAAGUAUGCUAUUCUGCACAAACUAGCCAUGACAAAUUGGAUGCCGAAUGAACACCGAGGAGGCUUAAACUUUCUUAUGGCCACCCUGAUCUACAAGAUAGGCAAAUGUAUUCCCGUUGAUUUAGGUGACAUUAUCUUCAAACAUGUGGCAUCCUUCAGAAAACCAGAGUCUAAGGAGAGCAAGGUAAAGCUGCCUUUCCCCUGCACAAUUUAUGGAGUUCUGCGCUCACAAGGUUUCAAACCAAAACCAAAUGAACCUAUAGAAGCACCACAAGUCAGAACAAUUGAUGCCAGACUGAAACAAGGAAGUCAUGUGCUUGAUAUCUUUCCAGAACAUGCAAGUAGCUCAGCCCCAGCUCUGAACCUUGAUGUACCAUUUACCAGCAAACUCACAGCACAUCACCUUGACAAAAGCAUCAGAGAUCUUAACACAAUCAUCCAGAUACUUGUUGAAAAGAGAACAAUUGAGAUGCAAUUAAGAGAACAAUUGAGAUUGAGAGACCAAGAGAUGACUGCUGCUGUUGCUGAAACACCCACUGAUCCAUCUACUGCACCUGAAGCUGAUUCCACCGCACCUGAAGCUGCUUCCAUUGCACCUGAAGCUGAAUCCACUGCAGACAGCCAGGACGAUGAGUCCUCAGAAUCUGAAUGA